AUGGUGUUUGUCAUCAAUGACCUGCUGCAGGUGAAGCUUCCACCCAUGGAGACAAAUCACAGCAACAGGAUCAUCGAUUUCCAUCUUGAAGACCGAGCAGACCUGGCUCUCACGCUCGCGGAUCCCGAGCUUGCCGCGGAGAAAGUGGCGACAGGCGCCGAAGAAGCCGCCACAGAAGGCAUUGAAGUGCUGAUGGCUGGCGGAGGGAUGUCAGCCGCUCAGGCCAUGUGGAACAACAUGAAGGCCUUGCGUCAGUUCCAGCAUUCUCUCGAGACCUUGGUCAACAACAUUCGAGUGAUUGUAGGAGCCAUCAUGGAUGCCUUCAGCAGCAAGAGCACCACAGCGCCAAAGAAGCUUGAUGCCAAGAGAUCCAAGAAACUGCAGGAAGCAGUCAAGCACUUCAAGACGAAGAGUGAGCAGGUUGCAGUCGUGGCCAAAGCGGAGAAGAUGACACCAUACAAACUGUCUACAGAAGAGCUUCAGAUGCUUUCGGACAUGGUGGAGUGCAGCCUCUUUGAGACAACAGUCGCGGGAGUCAUCAGGGCGAAGGCCCCCGACGCUACCGGGUUCUACUGCGAUGCUUGCUGUUCUGACUUAGAUCCAGACGCGAGGAUUUUGGGGUGCAAGAAGUGCAAGGAAAGCGGAGGAUGGUUUGGGGGAGGGAGCAGCUGCGACAUCGGCAUUUGCGUUAGAUGCUCUAGCUUGAUGCUGGCACAUGCAAGCAAGGACGUUCAAGAAAGAGGUGAAGGCAGUCGGGGAGAAAGUUGGCUACAAGCUCAUGAAAGCUUACUGCUUCUACGAUACAGAACGCCUGUGCAACGAGUGCGAACAGCCGUUCUCUGA